AUGCCUAAACGGAGUUUACAAACUACAGUAUUAAAUGGAAAUUUUGAAAAUAUUUCAACUUGUCAUCAUGAUAUUAUACGUAAAUCUUCUUCAUCAUCGGAUUCUGAAGAUACUAUUCCUGUUUCAAUACAAAUAUUUUUAUGGCGACAAAGCAAUCCAUUUCUUAAACAAAAAUUUGGUAAUUUAACUGAAGCAUCUGCUAUUAUUUUUGAUCAAGUACUUGUUCAAAAUAUUUUACAUGGUUUAUCACCAUCUCUCACUGAUGCUAUAUCAAGUAUUCCAAGAUGGUUGUUAGUGAAAGCAGCAUUUCCACAUGUAAUACAUGCAUGUUCAUCAGUAAUUCAACAUAAUCUUUGUUCAAUUCAGCAGCAGCAGCAGCAGCAACAUCAACAACAAUCAUUUUCUCCGACUCGUUCAUCAUUACUUGUUGCUUCAUCACCAUCACAUUCUUCAAUAUUUUCAAACCAACUUCAAGUUCCACCUAAUCAUCAAUUAUCAAUAUCUCUUCAUCCAACAAUACAUUCAACUGAAUAUCAAUUAAAUCAAUCAUAUUUAUCUAAUCGCUUAUCAUUAAUAACUAAUCAAGUAUUAAAUUCAACAGAAAUUCGUCUUUUUCAUACAUUACAUUAUCUUAUAUUACAUUCAAAUGAAACAACUGAUCAAUUAUUAUCAUUAAAUAUAAUACAAUUAUUUAUUUAUUUAUUUAUUCCAUAUAUUCAUACAUAUAUUCAUAAUAAGGAAAAACAAUUCUUAUCAAAUUCUGAUCUUUCUCAAGGUAUGCAUCUUAUUUGGCAACCAUUAUUUGAAUAUCAUCAACCAAAUAUACAUUUAUUUAAUGCUUUUAUUAAACCUAUAAUAUUAAAAAAUAAUCAACAAGAACAAAAAUUUUCUAUUGAUAAUAAUAAUCAACAUCGUCGUUUAUCAACUUUAAUUCAAUCAUCUAUACAAAGAUCAUUAUCUGAAAAACAAUAUUCAUCUAAUUUAACAAAACAAUUAUUGAUAAAUCCACCAAUUAAAUAUCAUAAAACAAGAAAUACAAGUUGUUUUCAAUCGGAAAUAAAAAUUGAAGAAAAACAAAAAUUAAAUAUAUCAUCUAUACUUACUGAUUCUAAUCCAACAACAGCAACAACAACAUAUAAUUCUAUAACGGAUCUUUUUGUUGAUGAAAUAACAAAUAAUAAUAGACAAAAACGAGCACCACUUGCAAAUAUGACUUCGAUUUGUUCAAUGUCGGAUUUAAGUCGAUUAACAUCAACACCACAAAGUCCAGGUUGA